AUGCCUAUCAAACGAAAACCAUCAUCUAAUCGAGUCAAUCCAGAUGAUCCUCAGCCUCCAUCCGUAUGGGCAUAUACUAACGAGGAAUCGAACCAGAAUGAUGAGCGACCCUCCUCCGCACUCUCUGUUACCCCUACAUUGGACAAAUGUGACAAACAUAAAAGACCACAAGCAAUCUGUUGUCGAGAUCUCAAGGGUGAUGACGAUCGUCAUCUUAUCGAUCCUGAUAUCGUUCGUGAUAUCAUCAUCGGUCUUAGUGAUGGCCUUACUGUGCCGUUUGGAUUGACCGCUGGAUUGUCAUCUCUCGGAUCGUCUCGUUUGGUCGUAGUAGGAGGUAUUGCCGAGCUCAUCUCAGGUGCAAUUUCGAUGGGAGUAGGUGGAUACCUUGCGAGCGAGGCAGAACGUGACCAUUUUCGUUAUCUUCAACGCACUACCCGUGAACGAGUGGCACGAUCUUGCUCUGGUGAAAUGGAACGAGAAGUACACGAAGUGUUAGGACCUAUUGGAUUAGAUGAAUCUAUUUCUCGAACUGUGACUGGUGCACUUUUAAGAGUUGAAGCUGAGAUGAAUGAAGUUAAUGAACCUAUCCAAUCGGAAAGUUGGCUUCGUCAAUUGAUGAAGAUUGUGGCUCGUAAACCUAAGAGUAACGCUUCGAGUGAACCAGGUCCUAGUCAACUAAGAUGGGCUAACGAUGUAGGAGUGACAGCCUUUUUGCUUAAAUUUGGGGAAGGAUUGGAAGAAGUACCAGAGAGUCGAUUGUACAUCUCUGCACUUACUAUUGGAACUGCGUAUUUCAUUGGUGGCCUUGUACCUAUGGCACCAUACUUCUUCAUUGAUUCUGCACAGAUUGCACUUUACUGGAGUAUUGGAAUCAUGUUUAUCACCUUACUGAUAUUUGGUAUCUUUAAGGCAUAUUUUACUGGUGCGAAGAUUGGUUUCUUUGGAUACUUGAAAGCUAGUUCAGCUACAAUUGUAGUAGGAGGAUCAGCUGCAGCAGCCAGUUGGUUAAUUGUUAAAGCUUUAGAGAAGCCAUAG